AUGCAAGACUACUUCAUCUACGCUGUGGCCGUAACUCAUAUCGCAAAUUUCGGACAACAGUUGGCUCACGAUUAUUCUAUUAAGAUCUAUAAAGAAGGAGAUUCAUUUUCUGAUGCCGAACUUUGUUACUAUCAUGUGGGUAAAGGAGCCAUGGGAAAGACUGUAAUGUAUAAUUGUAAACAGAUAAUAAAAGGUCGCUAUGUAAGAAUUACUAUUAAUGGUCAACCGGGCACUAGAGAGGUUCUAGUAUUGUGUGAGGUUCGAGUAUUUGGGACACACCUUGCCAGUAUCAAGUCGUCAUACAUUCAAUUAGAAAAUGUUGAGUUAUCAAUCACUCCGGAUAUGACGUACAGGGUACAAGGAUAUGGUCAAUGUGCUAUGAAAUGUUAUGUGUUACCAAUGUGUCAUAUCUUCAGUGUUAAAUUGGUAUCGGGUUAUUAUCAAUGUAAUAUAUUUACACAGGAAAAUACUCUGCUCGUAGGCAACUCUACAGGAAGUCCUGACACUGUAGUUUUUUACAAUUCGCAAUAA